UCUCUCUCUCUCUCUCUCUCUCUCCAUCCAGUGACUAAUUACCUGAUUCCCCAUGGGUUUGUUUCCUCCUUCCCCUACAACUGUUCAGGUUGUUCCACUAAAUGAGAGCAUGCUGAUAAGUAGAAAUACAUUCAAACUGAGCCAAACUGAGCUGAGCCUGUUCGCUCACUCUGCUGAAACCGUAACAGGGCGAGAUUGAGCGUCUGUGCUCUCUCUCUUUGUCCCUUUCUAAUAAGAAGUUUUUACUCCGAUAGUUCCAAACUGCAUUCCCAUGGAAUAUGAUUUGUCAAUUCUUUACCAGGGUAUGAUCACAGGUCAUAACCUGGUUGUAGCGUCUGUGGAGUUUACAGCUCGCUUUGUCAGUGACGUUGAAACCAGAACGCCUGAAUUUGGAAUGCUUUUUCGUGCUCGUUUCGAACCUGCCUUCCCACCUGAGUUGAAUCAACCAAUUAGUGAAUUUUUGUGAAGUGAAGUUUUGUAACCCGUUUCAAGUUUCCUCUGUCACUUGAAGCCAUUUGAAGUACAGCUUAAAUUUAUGCCACAUGUCUCAGGCCCCAUUUAUUCUUGUUCCCGAAAUGUUUAUGUGAUUUUAUUAUAAUUAUUUUGAUUGGUAUAAUUGUCGUUAUUAUUAUUAUGUUAUAAUUAUAGUUGUUACAAAGAUGUGUGAAUAACAGAUAUGUAGGGAGCAUGAAACAUUCUCUGUUUACUUAAUACCUUCUCAAUGCUUCUUCUGUGGUGCAGCUUGCUCACAUUUUAUCAGCCAGCACCUCUCUAACCUCCCGCAUCUGUGUCUCUCAGGUGCUUCCUUCAUGGGUUCCUUCCUGGCCAGCAGUCUGGGGUCGCCGCCCUCCCACCCUCCUCACCCCUCGGGACCCGCUGCCUCCCCCUCCUCCCCCUCCUACAGGCAUGGACCCCAUUCGAGCGCUUCCCCUAUCUGGUUCCCCCAUUCACAUGAAGGGUACCCCAGCUAUUCAGGAAGUCUUGCUUCUCCUUUUCUCCCCAUGAGUCCCCUGGAUCACCAUAGCAACAGUCUCUACGGACAGCACCGCUUCUAUGAAACUCAAAAAGAUCACUUCUACCUGAGAGGCCUUCCUCCCCAGCCCCCUCUGCUCUCCACCAGUCACAGUCUUCCUCCGCUGUCCAGGACUGCCCCCGGCCACUCACUUGGCUCUUGCAGCCGAGAGACGGACAACGGGGGAGGCGGUGGGAAGAGCACCAAGGACGUGGGUGAGAAAGGAGUUUCAUCCGUGUCAAAGGCGAAGGAGCGAUCAAGCAGCAAGGAGCGGCACCAGGAGAGCAAAGAAAAACAACAUCAGCUUCAUCAUCACCAUCCUCAUCAGACGAAUCCUGCCACAGCUCCUUCUGGCCACCACCACCAAGCUUACACCCACCCUCACCAUGCCCUCCUUCCUCACCUCGCACCACAGGGCAGGGAGGAAGACCACAGACACUCUCUGGAGCGACACAAGGAGUACAGAGACAGUGAGUCAGCCAGUCAGGAGACGAAACACAUGAGUGCCUGUAAGCUGUCCGGUGGUUCGAUAGCAGAGACUGGAGGAAAAGGGGGAGCACUGAGCAGCUGCAAUGGUGGUGGGGUUGGUAGACCUCCAUCUGGAGGAGGCAGGCGGUGCUCCAAGGAUGGAACCGUAAACGGGGAGAUGAGGAUCAGUGAAUCCUCAGCUUCUUCCAAUGAAUGUAUGAGAAGAGGUGCGUCUAACGCAACAGCCAUCUUGGCACCUCCUAACCCCCACACUGUGGCCUCCUACUCCAUGCCUCCCCCUCCGCCACCUCCUCCUCAUGCUUUGCACAUGGGCUCCACGGUGGCAGGAGGGUGGCUACAUCACGCACAUCACCAUCCUCAUCCCGAGUUCUACUGUCCCCCGGGCCCUCUCACACUGACACCCUCCAAAGAUUCUGCAUCCACCCCUGGAGGGUCUGGCAGGGAGGCAAGAGUAACUUACGUGCCCUCAGUUGGGCCCCUAGGAGACCUGGCAGCCACCGACUGUCGUGGAGCAGGAGGAGGUGGGAGAAAGUCAGAUGACAGAAGCGGAGAAGGAUCUUAUGAAAGUCCCUCUCAUCACCACAGCCGACCUAGUGUUUGCCAAAAGAAGGACAAAUCGCAGCCACACCAGCAGCAGCUGGGAUAUGGCAAAGCUGACAAACCUCCUGACUGGAGCCACCAGACGCAGCACUUCCACAAGCCCAGCUCCAACGCGAGCUCUCAGUCUGAGCUGCGGUCCUGCAGCAUGGACAGAUCGUCAUCCUUCAGAGAUGUAGAGGUUGUGGACGAUGUUUACCGGCCCUCGCUCCCACUAGAGGCCCAGGGGACACACCUCGGCGCUGAACAGGGCACACCUAAGAACGGCCCAGACACCAGCACUCCUCCCUUCAGGGACUGUUCCCACUCAGGUCCUCAUCCUGAUGGGAGGGUGGGGUCAGGGGCAACAUCUCAGAGGGAGGGACAAAAGGUUGCAAGGGUACGGCACCAGCAGCACAGCAGCCAUGGAGCAUCAACAGAAGAGAGGGGAAGAGACAGAAGUCUGACAGCGCCUUCCUGGGGGGCUCGAGGGGGCUACCAAGAGGACCAGAGAAAAAGCUCCCAUCAUGCACCAGUUGGUAACGGUGAAGCAAGAGGGCUCAGCAUCAGAGCUCCAAACAGUGACCACAACCAGCCCCAUUCUCAAGUGCUGUCUCGCUCCUCGUUGCACACCGCUGAGGGCGAGGGCAGUGCUAUGAAGAAUCUAAUGAACUACAGCUCCCAGCAACCUUUGCUGCUGCCACAGCGGGGCCCCUUUGGAGGUCUGGGUGGCCUCAAGCAGGGUGGAGAGAGAUCAGAGAAAGGGGAACGUGGAGGAGCUAAAAGCAACUCUUCCCUGCAAGAGCCUCCCAAACAAUCGCUCCUUCCUCGCCGAGGCUCCACUAACGAGGGAGAAAGGGGGGACAGAGGUGGGAAGGAGGCCGGGGAGGCAGGUGAGGGGGAGGUGCGACAGCCUCCAGUGGGUAUUGCGGUUGCGGUAGCCAGGCCCCCCCAUCGUUCCCCAGACAACACCCCUGGACACAGCAGACAGGGCAGGGUGCUGCCCAGCAUGAAAGCAGUGUCACGCCACGUGUAUACUCUUGGCCGGGAGGCAGAGGAGAGGAAGAGGAUGACAGAGGAACAGAUCAGCCUUCAUCACCUGGACAGAGAGAGAGAAAUGAUCAUCAGGGAAAACAAGGACCGCGUGGAGUUCGCCAGGAUCCACCCAUCUAGUAGUUGCCACGGUGACCUGACCUCUCACCUCUUGGUUCCCGGAGGGGCCAGUAGGUUAGGGGCCGACCCUGCUGCCCAUGCUCACCCGGCUCACCACCACUGGAUGCAGAGGACAGGAAGUCCCUCCCUCUGGAUGGGGCAUUCAUACAGUCUGAGCCACGUAGGAAUGAGCCCCGGCUUCCCACCAGGUCUGCCCAGCCCUCUGCAGCCUGUCUUGGGGUCGCUCACCCAAGACCCCAACUCCCCGCUGGUGGUCCUUCCUACAGAACCCGGGCCUCAUCAUCACCUCGACGUUCUGGAGCAGUCAGGUCUGUGGCCCCCUGUGUACGGCGGCAGAGGCCCCCCUUCUCAUCUGCAGCAUCACCCCGUCUACUCCCGCUCCUCAUUCUUACGGCAACAGGAGCUGUACGCCCUGCAGCAUCAGCACCAGCAGCAGCAGCAGCGAGCCAUGGAGCACAUGCAGCGCCACUCCUUAGGACAGAGAAAACACGAUGAGCAUGCUAUCACCAUAGAGGACUCUUCCCACGAAUCUUCCGCAUCUGGAACUCCCCCCUCUUCAUCCUCUUCUUCGUUCACCACCUCCCCCCACAUGGCCAAACCUUUCUCACACACCCUGCCUCCACCCAAGACGCCAACGCCGUCUCCGGGGAUGUGUCCCAGCAGCCGCCAGUCACCCUGCUACCACUCCCCAUCCAGGAGACCUCACCCGCCAAACCCUCUGACCCCUGCGCCGAGCCCGGCAGCGGCCGCACCCCGCUCCCCGGCCCUCAGCCCCGCUCCUUCACACCUCUCUAAGGGGCUGGAGAGGGGCAGUGAAAGAGGAGAGGGACAACCACCUCAGGACUACCCACAAUCCCUAGAGCCAGGUGAGUGUGGAGAAUUCUGUAGGCGGGUUAAUGGAUGCAAUGUAUUAAUUCAAGAAAAAAAACGUUACUAGUAGGCUGAACAGUCAGGUAACAUAACUAUAGACAGAGAGUUAGAGACAAGGAAAAAGGCUCAGAGAUAGACAGAUGUAGUUUGAGAGAGAUGGAGGGUUCUGCUGCAGAAAUAUAGCCCCGGUCUUUGAAGCGUGGCAUUCUUUUGAUUUUGCAGAAAUUGUUUGAAGCAUGGCUGAUCCCUUGCUCUGUGUGUCCUUGAGUGCGUGUGUGUGUGCAAUUUUCUGUGAGAGCUAAAGAGGGACAGCGGGCGGGUCAGCCAUUAAGGUCAAAGAAAGCAUAUGGGCACUCAG